GCUGGGUUUGGUCUGGUUAAUCAUCGGCAUCCGUCUCCGCCACCGAUUUCACCAAAAUAAACGGACAAUACCGACGUCUGCUGACCGUUAACCGGAGGAUUUACCGCCAUUUCCUGCUCGUAUCUCCUCCCGCCAGCCUGCAAAUAUAUUUUAAAAUCUAAUUCAGCUUUAAUUUGUGUGUUUUUUCCCCCCUCAACCGAAGUGAUGUCUGUCGCGGGGUUGAAAAAGCAGUUCCAUAAAGCCACCCAGAAAGUCAGUGAGAAGGUUGGAGGGGCGGAAGGAACCAAGCUAGAUGAUGACUUCAAAGAAAUGGAAAAGAAGGUGGACGUCACCAGCAGAGCAGUGUUGGACAUCAUGACCAAAACCACAGAGUACCUCCAACCUAACCCAGCAUCCAGAGCCAAGCUGAGUAUGAUCAACACCAUGUCAAAGAUCCGCGGCCAGGACAAGGGACCCGGUUACCCUCAGGCUGAGUCCGUCCUCGGAGACGCCAUGUUGAAGUUUGGACGGGAGUUAGGGGAGGAGUCAAGCUUUGGUUUAGCGCUGAUCGAUGCCAGCGAGGCGAUGAAGGAGCUCGGGGAGGUAAAGGACGCUCUGGACAUGGAGGUCAAACAGAACUUCAUUGACCCGCUGCAGAACCUCCACGACAAAGACCUCAAAGAGAUACAGCACCAUCUGAAGAAGAUGGAGGGCCGCCGCCUGGACUUUGACUACAAGAAGAAGCGUCAGGGGAAAGUCCAGGACGAUGAAAUCAAACAGGCGCUGGAGAAGUUCGACGAGAGUAAAGAGAUCGCAGAGCAGAGCAUGUUUAACCUGCUGGAGAGCGAUAUAGAGCAGGUGAGCCAGCUGGCAGCGUUGGUUCAGGCUCAGUUGGAGUACCACACUCGCUCUGCCGAAAUCCUCCAACAGCUCUCCAGUAAGAUGGAGGACAGGAUAAAAGAGGUGUCCAAUAAACCGAGGAAGGAGUACACUCCGAAACCCCGAAUGACCCUGGAGCUGCUGCCCCCCAGCGAGAGCCACAACGGAGGGAUACACUCGGCCAAAUCACCAGGAAGAUCACCAGCCCCCAUGGACCAGCCCUGUUGCCGAGCACUCUACGAUUUCGAACCAGAGAACGAAGGCGAGCUGGGCUUCAAAGAGGGCGAUGUCAUCACCUUGACCAAUCAGAUCGAUGACAACUGGUACGAGGGCAUGAUCAACGGCCAGUCGGGCUUCUUCCCCAUCAACUACGUGGAUAUCCUGGUGCCGCUCCCUCAUUAGGUCCCGCCAGUGAUCUGGCCCUUAACCCCUUCGACCAAUCCAGACACCCCUGAAAACAGCCUGUAUUUGCAUAAAAAAACAAACCACGCCCUCCUUCUACUUCUUCUUCUGUGCUUCUGUGCGAUUCUGCUUUCACAAAACGGACUGAAAUGACUGAGAUGAAGACGGGGUGGAUGAGACGAGGCAGUAGGACAGUGAAGAAGAAAGGGGGAGGAGGAUUUUAGCGUGAGAGAUGCAGAAGAGAGGUAGAAGAGAGGGAUUGAGAGGGACGAGAGGACGAAGAGAUGAUGAUCUUUUACAGCGCUUACUCACUCGUGCUCCGCUCAGCCGGGCAGCACUGGAAACCAAUGAGGCUUUGGAGACUUAAGGCACGGUGUAAAUGUACGUGCAUGUAUGUGUCUGUAUGUGCAUUUCGACCUGUUCUUACUCUAUUAUGACCGAGCCAGCACAAAGUCCUGCUUGACAGCUUUUUUUGUGAUGCUGUCUUCUUCUUCUCUUCUUAAGUUUCUUGCUGUUUUUCUCUCAGAGUACUUCUGUCUUUUCUACCUUGACUUGCCUUCCUGUGCUCUUCUUCAGCCCUAGAUUUCUCAGCAACUGUCACAGUCUUUCCCACUUUCUGUCUUUCUUUCUUUCUCUCUUCCCUCCUUGACUAGCACUGCCUUUCAGCAUGGCUCCAUACUGUAUGCAGGCCUCUAAACCAUGUUUCAGAGCUACAUUAGGUCACCAGACCCUUCUACUUUUGUUUAAGUAUCUCUCGUACUCUUAUAACAUACUCUCAGCUCAGUGGCUGUAUGCAUGAACCAGCCAAAUCAGAAAUUUGAGUGGUAAGAUGCUAUGUGAGAUGUAGUUUUCGGGAGAGUACCUUUGAAACAAAGCCGUAUCUGCAAUAAGUAGAUUUUUCCAGAAUGAAAAAGAGAAUACUUGAUCACUUGUUCUGAAAGCCAUUUAUCAUAUAAGGUUUUAAAGGUGUGAGGAUCGGAGGAGUCAUUCAACACAUCAUUAAACUUGUAAGCUCCAGAGCUGAAAAGUAAAGCUCUCUCAUGAUUUACCAGACAGCAGCGACAUGUUAACACAAUCCAGGACAGGCCAGUUGUAUUGAACAUAACUUUUUCGCCAGGUUGGUUCCUCCAGUAUACAUAGAGGAAAAGAUGCUUUUUUUUCUCCGUGUACUGCUCUCAGUCACCCAUUCACGGUGUUUUGUGUGUACUGUGUGGAGUAAAUGGUUGUUAACUCGUCUUAUGUGUGGCUCUUGCAUGCAGGACUGUGUGAUCAGUGGUAGCCAUUCUAAAAUCACCAGUUUUAGUCCUCUUUCUGCAGUUAUCUGGAGGAAGGCUGCUGCUCAGUGGCCCCUUAAGAAAACAGAAUGUCAUUAAUAUUACAUUAAUAAGACAUCAGAUUCCAGAAUGGUGACAAAAUUCGAAAACCUUCAGACGGCUCUUAGCAUCUUUCAAAUUCUAGAAUCUCAGCAACAUUCUACACUUCGCAGAACAUUAUCUGGGUCUUUGUAAAAUUCUUCAACCUAAAUAUUUCAACAAUGGCAUUCUCGGAACCCAUCGGCUGUAUUCGCCGUCUGACUUCCAGUAGACGGCGAUUUUUUGGCAUUCCGGUUUGAUUUGGGUGGAGGAGGCGAAUUUUCGUUUCCGACUUCCGUUUAUAUAUAA